AUGGAUUUUACAGUGACAUUGUUUAUUACCAAGCAGCCCAUGAGGCAAUGGAUGCUGAAGAUUACUGCCUACGCUGAUCGUCUUCUAGAAGAUUUGGACGAGCUUGAAUGGCCUGAAAGUAUAAAGGAAAUGCAGAGAAACUGGAUAGGAAGAUCUCAAGGAGCUGAACUGAAUUUUUCCAUUCUUGAUGGCGAAGGCCAAGAAACUGACAAAGAGAUUACUGUUUAUACCACCAGACCAGAUACCCUUUUUGGAGCAACUUACAUGGUUGUGGCACCAGAACAUCAUUUGUUGCCUUACUUCGUAACACCUGAGCAGAAACAACAAGUGGAGGAAUACAAAGAUUUUGCGUCGAGGAAAAGUGAUCUUGAGAGAACAGAACUUCAGAAGGAGAAGACAGGCGUGUUUACUGGAUGUUAUGCGAAAAAUCCAGCUAAUGGGGAUGCCAUUCCCAUAUGGGUAGCUGAUUAUGUUCUAGCAAGCUACGGAACCGGAGCAAUCAUGGCCGUUCCAGCUCACGAUACUCGGGAUAAUGAGUUUGCGUUGAAGUAUAACAUUCCCGUCAAGUGGGUAGUGACAAAUGAGGAAAGUUCAAGUGACGGCGCUAAGCAGGUUUAUCCGGGAGUGGGCAUAAUUGAAAACUCAGAAAGCGUGGAAACAGGACUUGACAUUAAUCAACUAUCUAGCAAAGAAGCUGCUUUGAAAGUUAUUGAAUGGGCUGAGAGAACCGGAAAUGGAAAGAAAAAGGUAAAUUACAAGUUGAGGGAUUGGCUAUUUGCAAGGCAGCGUUACUGGGGUGAACCUAUCCCAAUCUUAAUUUUGGAUGAAUCUGGUGAAACUAUUGCGGUUUCAGAAUCUGAACUGCCACUUACUUUGCCUGAGUUGAAUGAUUUCACUCCCACUGGAACAGGGGAACCACCACUGUCAAAAGCAGUUUCAUGGGUGAACACUGUAGAUCCUGGAACAGAAAAACCUGCCAAAAGAGAAACAAGCACUAUGCCACAAUGGGCUGGGUCUUGCUGGUACUAUCUGAGAUUCAUGGAUCCAAAAAACCCUGAAGCAUUAGUUGACAAGGAAAAAGAAAAAUACUGGAGCCCAGUAGAUGUAUACGUUGGUGGUGCUGAACACGCUGUUUUACACUUACUAUACUCUAGGUUUUGGCACAAGGUACUUUAUGACAUUGGUGUUGUGUCGACGAAAGAGCCCUUCAAAUGUGUUAUAAAUCAAGGAAUCAUCCUUGGGGAGGUCCAGUAUACAGCUUGGAAAGACCAAGAAGGAAACUAUGUAUCUGCAGAUACUGAAGAACGGUUAAAUGAGCAUCAACAAGUGACAAUCCCGGAAGAUAAAGUUAUGAAGUCUGGAGAUCAUUUUGUUCUGAAAGAAGACCCUAGCAUUCGUUUGAUUCCACGUGCUUAUAAAAUGAGCAAAAGCAGAGGAAAUGUUGUGAAUCCUGAUGAUGUUGUGUUAGAGUAUGGUGCAGAUUCUCUACGUUUGUAUGAGAUGUUCAUGGGACCGUUUAGGGAUUCAAAGACUUGGAACACAAGUGGGAUUGAAGGCGUGCAUCGUUUCUUGGCAAGAACAUGGAGACUAGUCAUCGGUUCUCCUCAACCUGAUGGAUCUUUCAAAGAUGGCACUGUAGUGACUGAUGAUGAACCGACCCUUGAACAACUCCGUUCUCUCCAUAAGUGCAUUGCUAAGGUGACAGAGGAAAUUGAGAGUACAAGAUUCAACACUGGAAUUUCAGGGAUGAUGGAGUUUGUUAAUGCGGCAUAUAAGUGGAAUAAUCAACCUAGAGAAAUCAUUGAGCCUUUUGUUCUUUUGCUCUCACCUUAUGCGCCUCACAUGGCUGAAGAGCUUUGGUCACGGUUAGGCCAUCCGAGUUCUCUGGCCUAUGAAAAUUUCCCUGAGGCAAAUCCGGAUUACUUGAAGGACACAACUACUGUACUUCCGGUUCAGAUAAACGGGAAGACAAGAGGCACCAUAGAGGUUGAAGAAGGAUGUUCUGAAGACGAGGCUUUCGCUCUAGCUUCACAGGACAAGAAACUUGAGAAAUAUCUAGACGGACAAUCGAUCAAGAAGAGAAUCUAUGUACCUGGGAAGAUCCUCAACGUUAUCCUAGAUAAGACUAAUGUCAAGGUCACUACAAAGUAG